AUGCUGGCACGGCACGGAAAUGCGAUUUCCCUUCACAAAAGGGAUUUGUGCGAUUUGAAAAAGCUCAAAUCCGCUUUCCAUUCCAUUCUUCACGAUGAAAACUACCGAUUGAACGCCGAGAAAGUGGCAGAAACGCUUCAGAAUCAGCCGCUGAAACCGAAGGAAAUGCUCAUGAAGCACAUUGAAUUUGUCGGAAAGUGAGUCACUCUUCCAUUCCGUUCUCAUCAAAAACCUUCCGUUUCCAGGUACUGUCCCUUCCAUCACAUGACUCCGUACAGUCUCAAAAUGCCCGCUUAUCAGAGGUACAGGGCGGUCCAUCGUUACCCGUACAAAAGUUUCACGCGGCGCGCGUAG